UUUUCCUGUGCUUUAUUUAGUUUGGUUGUGUAUAAUUGCCGUACACGGAGGAGCGCCUGCGGACCCCGGAAGCGCUCAUCUUUCGUUUGUGGGUCAAUUCGAGCGUUUCGAUACCGCCCGGUUCGCGGGCGGACGUUUCACAUCCGUUGCGACCCUAUGUAGGGUUUAUGGUCUUUAUCGCGGUUGCGUUUGGGUUCCUUCUUACGACAACUUGACGUACUCUCCGUAUGCAUCCUUCCGGCAGUCAGAGCCUCUCCGGCCUGUGCCAAAUAACAGACCGACUCUAUCUUAGUAGCCUCCGUGCGGCGGUCGACGCGUCCCUUGUACGUCGGUUCAACAUCACCUGCAUCAUCAACGUCACCGAGACGGAAGCCAGCCGGACGCUUCCUGGAGUGGAGCACGUUCAUAUUCCCGUCGCAGACUCUCCAGCGUCUCCUCUGAGCGGUCAUUUUGACCAGGUGGCAGAUCGGAUACAGUCUGUGGGAGAGCACAGGGGACACACACUGGUGCAUUGCAAUGCAGGUGUGAGUCGCUCGUCCACUCUAUGCAUUGCGUAUCUGAUGAAGCACCGCAACAUGAGCCUCCUUGAAGCGUACCGAUGGGUGAAGUCCUGCCGCCCCAUUGUCAGGCCAAAUAAUGGCUUUUGGAGGCAGCUCAUUGGAUACGAGAGAGAACUCAGAGGAUGCACUACGGUUGAAAUGGUCCGUUCCCCCCUGGGUGAAAUACCGGACAUCUAUGAAGAGGAGAGCAGAAAUAUGCUGCCACUCUGACAUGUUAUCCUGUGUCUCGUAAACAGACUUGUUGCUCCCAUGCUCAUUUC